AUCGGAGAUAAGGGGCAGGACUACCAGCUUAUAAAACUCUGGUACUAGAAGGUAAACUCAGUGAUUUGGGAAAAUACACUGCCUGGACACAGAGAUACAGAGUAUUUAAAAAAAUAUAAUACAUAAUGUAUACAGCGCUGUAACCUCUAUUGUGUAGUUCUAAUUACAUAUAACGAACUAUUUUAUCAUAUUCCUUGGACGCUGGAGACAGAUUGUGGUACCUGAACUUCCAGAAAAAAAUAAAAACGCGUGGAAAUCAACAUGACUGUGAGUUACUGUUAAAUCACUGACUGUCUGGGGUGAUCUACACUUAGGAAGCAUCUCCAAGUGGAUUUAUCUGUGGUGAUCAUCGUAAGGGACAGUCUUGAAAUGGAUGGAAACGAUCCUAACAGGAGAGGCGGGGCGAGGGGGAGAGGCAGAGGAAAUGCAGACCACAGGAGAGGUGCGGGGGCCCCACGGAGGGAUGGGUAUCACAACAACCCAAGAGGAGGAGGAGGACGAGGACGAGGACGAGGAGGAGGAGGAGGAGGAGGUGGAGGAGGACGAGGAGGAGGAGGGGGUCUGCAGCCUGAGCACCAGGGCAGGGGGGGAGGAAACCGGGGGAACCGAGGAAACAGGGGGAAUGCUGAAGGAAGAAACCCGGGUGCGGGAGGUGGGUUUGAGGGGAGGAAUGAAGACGGAGCCUGGAGGAGAGAGAGAGGAGGCAGGACCCAGGCUGGACGGCAGGAGGGUCCCAGAGGAGGGCGUGCUGCUGGUGAUGGAGGAGCCCCGCGAGUCUGGAAACUGGGGUACCACGCGCUAGAAGAACUGGCUGGGAAGGAGCCCUCAGAAGUGGCCAUCACUCUGUCCUCCAGCGCGGGGUUACGGGAGCUCCUAGAGGAGCCGGAGAUGAGGCAUAACAUGGUCCAGCUGCUCUGCAAGGUUCUCAGUAAGGCAGUGGGGUCCCGUCUCGACAGGCAGAUCGUGCAGCACCUGGUGAGGGCUCUGAAGGAUUCUGGGUUCCUCAAGACGGUCCUACCUCAAUACAUUAUGGGCAUGGUGAUGGAUCCUAUCCCUGCUCGUAGACACCAAUACCCUGAACACCUGGACAACAUCAUCACACUGUUAUCGGACCUGGUCAGCAUCUUCCCAGCCAGCUCUAUCCAGGUGGUCUCCAUGCUAGUGACGAUCUUGCAGCCCGCAGUCAAUGCACUUCGAGCUUUGGGAGUGGCCAUCACAGAUCAGACCCAACAGGACCUGGAGAAGAUCAAUGAGCUUGUGACCCAUCUACAGGAGAAGCGGAGAGACGGGACCCUGCGCAGCGACACCUACACUUUCCUGGGACCCGAGGAAGAUGCACCUGCUGGGGAAGCAGGCUACAAGACCAUGCCCAUCUACCCCAAAUGGGAAGAGAUCCACCUGAACGACAAGCCCUUUCUGAGGCCCAACAUCGUCUCUCGCAGCUACCCCAGCACACAAGUCUACCUGGACACACACUUCCGCCUGCUCAGGGAGGACUUCGUCAGGCCACUGCGGGAGGGAAUCCGGGAGAUCUUGCAGACCUACCUCUCACCGGCAGAAGGACCGGAAGGAAACCUUAGGAAGAAGCGCUUUGACGAUAUCCGGGUGUAUUUCGAUACCCACUUGCUGACCCCAACCUGCACCCACUCGGGCACGGCCUACAAGGUGCAUUUUGACACCCAGCCCCUCAAGUUCGUCCGCUGGGAGAAUUCUAAGCGUCUUAUUUAUGGGUCUCUGGUCUGCUUGUCCCGGGAUAACUUUGAGACGUUCCUUUUUGCCACAGUGGCGGACAGAGACCCAGCGGAGCUCAAGAAGGGGAUUGUGUUGCUCACCUUCACGCAGGAGAGUCGCCCUGCCCUGGCCGAGGUGCAGGCCUCGCACGCCUUCCUCAUGGUGGAGACCACGGCCUACUUUGAGGCCUAUCGGCACGUGCUGGAGGGUCUGCAAGAGGAGGAAGAAGAGGACCUACCCUUCCAGAGGUACAUUGUGCAGUGCCAGAAGGAUGUGGCAGAGCCAGCCUACCUGCGUGCUGGGCCUGGUGCCUAUGACCUGUCUGCCAUUGCAGCACCCCCCGGAGGACUGCAGGCUCCCUGCAAUGUGCUGGACCCCAAUGCCUGGCCCAGCAAAGAGGAGUUGGGUGUGGAUGAGUCUCAGCUGAGGGCCCUGAAGCUGGCACUCACCAAGGAGCUGGCUAUCAUCCAGGGCCCGCCUGGCACAGGAAAGACGUACGUAGGGUUGAAGAUUGCCCAGGCGCUCCUGAUGAACAUGGGAGUGUGGCAGCCUGGUCUCAACAGGGUUCCAGUGCUGGUGGUCUGCUACACCAACCACGCGCUCGACCAGUUCCUAGAGGGUAUCCACACUUUCCUGGACUCUGGGAUUGUGCGAGUGGGCGGUCGCAGCAACAGUGAGAUCCUCAAACGCUUCACUCUGAGAGAGCUGAGGGGGGGCAGUAACUUCCGCAAGACCCUUCCGAACCACCUCCGCCGAGCCUACUUCGAGAUAACGAGCGAGCUGGCCCAGGCAGGGCAGCGAAUUGAGGAGGAAGCGGGGCACUUGGAGUGCACGCUGCGAGGGGUCCUGCACGAGCAAUACCUAGAGCGCUUCAUCCACCAGGAACACUGGAGCGGCCUCUGCCACCAGCCUUUUUCAGAUGGCUUCCUGAUGUACGGACAGAAGCAAUCUCUGAUUCUAGAGUGGCUGGGACUGGGGAAUUCUGAAUUCCAGAGGAGAGGAGGAGACCCCCUACAGGCAGAGGGGGAGAAUGAAGCUGAAGAAGAGGAGGAUGAGGAAGAGGAGGAGGAGGAGGAGCUGGUGGAGGUGGAGGAGGAGGCGGCUCUGAUGGAGGCCGAGCGUGUCAUUGAGGGGGUGGAGCCUCGGGGUCACGACUCCAGGAAGAGGAAGGCGGACAGAGCCGUCAGGGACCUCGAGGGGCUACUGCUCGCUAUGAGUAUUAACAGCAAGGAAGAGAGAGAUGGACGGAGCGAGGAGGGCUGGCAGAUGCAGAAAAAGCAGAAGCAGAAGAUGAAGAAGCGUGUGAAGAAGGAGCUGGGGAAAAGCUCAGUGAUGAGCGAGGAAGAAGAGAAGGACACGCGGGACAUCUGGAGACUGGAGCUGAGAGACCGCUGGAGACUUUACAGGCUAUGGCUCCUGCGUUACCAGAUUGAGAUGCGCCGCAGGGCCCUGCAGUCGGAGCAGGCCUAUCAGAACGCAGCGGAUCGGCUGGCAGAGAUCCGGCUUCGGGAGGACCUGUGUAUCCUCAAGGAGGCCCGCGUCAUUGGCAUGACAACCACCGGGGCCGCCAAGUUCCGGCGUGUGCUGCAGGAGGUGCGGCCGCGCCUUGUCAUCGUGGAAGAGGCAGCCGAGGUGCUGGAGGCACACACCAUCACUACCCUGAGCAGAGCCUGUCAGCACCUUAUACUCAUAGGAGACCACCAGCAGCUCCGUCCCAGCGCCACAGUCUAUGAGCUGGCCAAGAACUUUAACCUGGAAGUGUCCCUGUUUGAGAGGCUGGUCAACGUAGGCUUCCCCUACGUCAGGCUCAACUACCAGCACCGCAUGCGCCCCGAGAUCGCCUGUCUCCUGACACCCCACAUCUACUCGGAGCUGGAGAACCACCCCUCUGUCCUGGAGUACGAGAACAUCAAGGGGGUUUCGUCGAACCUCUUCUUUGUUGAGCAUGACGUCCUCGAACAGGAGAUCCAGGAUGGACGAAGCCACCAGAACAAACACGAGGCCCAGUUUGUGGUGGCCCUGUGCCUCUACCUCAUCUGCCAGGGCUACAAACCCUCCCAGAUCACCAUCCUCACCACUUAUACCGGGCAGCUGUACUGCCUGCGCAAGCUCCUGCCCCAGCAGCAGUUCCAGGGGGUGAAGGUACACGUAGUCGAUAAGUACCAAGGCGAGGAGAAUGACAUUAUCCUGCUCUCCCUGGUCCGUAGCAACAGCCACGGCAAAGUGGGCUUCCUUCAGAUCGCCAACCGGGUCUGUGUAGCUCUGUCUCGCGCCAAGAAGGGCCUCUACUGCAUAGGCAACAUGGCUUUGUUUGGGAAAGUCCAGCUGUGGAGCAACAUCCUCCACACUUUAAGGGAGAAGGGCCAGGUGGGACGUGCCUUGAUGCUGAGCUGUCAGAACCACCCAGACACACGGGCCUUGGUCUCCCAAGCCCAGGACUUCCAGCAGGCCCCUGAAGGAGGCUGCAGCCGGCCCUGCGAGUUCCGCUUGAGCUGUGGCCACGUCUGCACCCGAGCCUGUCACCCGUACGACGCCGACCACAAGGCCUUCCAGUGCCUGAAGCCCUGCCAGAAAGUGCUGUGCAAUCAGGGCCACCGUUGCCCAGGGCUCUGCUUCAAGAAGUGCAAGGACUGCAAGGUGCUGGUGGAGAAAGAGAUCCCCUACUGUGGGCACAAUCAGAAGGUUCCCUGCCACAUAGACCCCCUGGAUUUCAUCUGCCAGGAGCCCUGCCUGAAAACACUGGGCUGUGGGCAUCCGUGUGGCAAUGUCUGUGGAGAGACCUGUACAGAUCGCUGCCCAGCUCAGGUCAGGAUGACUUUACAGUGCGGACAUGUGCAAGAGGAGGAGUGCCACUAUAAGAACAAGGCCUCAGGCUUGGGCGAACAACAGCCGGCGUGCAAGCUGAAGUGCGACACUCAGCUAAUGUGCAGUCACCCCUGCCCUGGCACGUGCCACAGCUGCAGCCAGGGUCGCUUCCACAAGGGUUGCUGCCAGCCCUGCGGACGCUCACUCAUCUGCUCCCACAAGUGCAAGGAGCCUUGCACCAGUGAGUGCCCUCCUUGCAGCCUGCCGUGCCAGAACCGCUGCAUGCACAGCGCCUGCAAGAAAACCUGCGGCGAGCUCUGCCCACCCUGCAUGGAGCCCUGCCAGUGGCGCUGCCGCCAUCUGCGCUGUGGGAAACUGUGCCACGAGCCCUGUGACAGACCUCCAUGUAACCAGCCCUGCGACAAGCCCUUGAAGUGCGGGCACGCCUGCAUUGGAUUGUGUGGCGAACCCUGCCCGACUAGGUGUCGUGUCUGCCACCAAGAGGAAGUCACUGAGAUCUUCUUUGGCACUGAAGAUGAGCCAGAUGCCCGCUAUGUGCAACUGGAGGAAUGCGGGCAUCUGCUGGAGGUUACGGCCAUGGACCACUACAUGAGCCUAGGGGGCAACGAGGAUGAAGAUGUGGUGAUCAAGCUCAAGGUCUGCCCGAAGUGCCGGACGCCCAUCCGCAGAAACCAGCGAUACGGGACCUCCAUCAACCGCAGCCUGGAAGAGAUCGAGAAGGUGAAAGCCCGGAUCUUAGGAUCCCCUCUGGAGAUUGAGAAUAAGCAGAAGAUGCUUAAAAGGCAGUUGAAGGAGAAGGUGGCCAUCCAUCUACACCUGCCCAAGGAGAACGAGAACCUGAAAUCAGGGCUGGGGAACUCUGAACUUUCACUCAGGGCCUUAGGGAUCCUUGAGAACAAGAUGGUCUUCUAUGAGCGCCUGGCAAAGCUGAUAGGGGGUGAGAGAGACAUGGAAGAGGAGGCGUACAGGCGGUUCAGGGUUCGGGUAGGGGAGGUCCUGGAGUGGCUUGACCAGCCUCACCUGAGGUUCUCUGAGCAGCAGCUGUCUGAUCUUCAAAGCGAGAUCCAGCGGCUGACCUUCCUGGCUGAUUUCAACAUGCGGUGCAAGAAAGCAUCGUACAAGCAGCUGGGCCCCGAGGUGAGGGCAGAGCUAGUAGGGCUCCGGGGCAUCCUGGAGGGCACAGAGAGAUUCACGAAACAGGAUGAGCAGAGGGUCGGGGAGAAGCUGAAGGAGCUAGAGUCUGCACUGCCUCGCAGCGGGCUGGGAAUUUCAGAAGCCGAAAGAGUGAUGAUCAUCAAAGCAAUGAAUUUCCCAAAGGGGCACUGGUACAAAUGCCCCAACAAUCAUGUGUACGCCAUAGGAGAUUGUGGUGGUGCUAUGGAGAGACGGCCCUGCCCAGAAUGCAAUGAAGCCAUAGGAGGUACCAACCAUACGCUGGUCAGCGGUAAUCAGGUGGCAUCAGAAAUGGACGGGGCACAACAUGCAGCCUGGUCUGAAGCCAACAACCUCCUGAACUUCGGAGGCUUGGGAGUCGCUUGGGAUGAUUAAAUCAGGGACAUAAUACAAAUAUUAAAGUGCAGAGCUAGAUAAAUAAUUCCACUAGAUCUGACCUAACAGGAAUAACCUUCGAUUUGCUGGCACUGCAUUUUCUUUAAUGUACUGCAAUUGCCAAAAAAAAAAAAAAAAUGAAAUACUGAAGGAAUUAUAAUUCAGUGACAAAAGUUUCUGUAUUUUAGUUUCUGUUAGUAUAGUCAUUCAUAUGAAAACUUUAUUAUUAAAAAGCAAGAAGUCAAGAAAACUUAUUCAUGAAAGCCUUCAAAUACAUGGUAUUACAAUAUAAGCAGGGUAAGCAUUUUCAAUCCCAGGUCUGGUAAAGCAUGUAAACUAUAGUAAAGUAAGUUUCUCAUAAAAUGGCUUUCAUGUAGGAACAUUUGAGACCAAACAACUGAUGGUAAUUGAAAUUAAGUAAGUAUUUAGUGGAACAUUUCUGUAAGCGGUGUGCCCUCUAAUAAAAAUGAAAUCAACCACUAAUGAAGAAGAAAAGUAACAAGAACAUUUAUACAAACACAUUUUAAUAUAUUUCUAGAAAAAUUACUUUCUUGUUUUAACUUGUGCGUAUUUGUCAAAAGAAGAUACAAUAAUUGCAUUAUUUAAACACAUGGUUUUAGAUAAUAAUGAUUUUGCUUUUAUUUAAAAUUAAACAUAAGUUUUUAUUUGUGAAGGAACUUGUGUGUUUCAGUUAAUAACCAGUGGCACUUUCCUCCAAUCGGAUCACACUGUUGGGCUGCCCUGCCUACUUCUUAUCUACAGAAAGCCAAUCAGAUGGACUCUGUCUUAAAAUUCUAAAAUGCUGUGCACAUGUGCAGUGGUUUUACAAGUGUAAUGUGGAUAUCAGUCCAUUUCUCAUUGUCAGUGCCUGAGCUGUGAGAUUAAUACUAGGGCUCUAUUACAAUUAUCUAUGCAGCAGUGAAUUGAAAUAUCACUGCCCUUUAAAUAGCAAUCCUGCUGGGGUUUCCCCAUUGCUAGUCUGAUUCAAGCAUGUUAGCAAAUAAUGAUGUGCAGACAACAAUACAGAAUCACACAAAACACACCUACAAGGAUAAUGAGCAAAUCAUGCAUUCAGUGUCAAAAUAUACAGCUUCAAAUGCUGUACCCUUACAUCUGCAUGAUGUUUGCAGUCAUUCUGAGAUUUACAAAUUACUUACAUAUUUAGUUGGCUUUGACUAUCAGUUUAGGAGCUGCUUUUCAGUUGUACUUGCCUGCCAUAGACGUGUGCAUAGUGCAAAGUGUCUUCUUAACAGAAGUAAUAGCCAGCGGCAUCUAGAGCACUGCAGUGUAUUGCCAGCAAAACAAAAUGAAACUUGAGCCAAAGUGUCAGAUCACUAGAUGGCACUGGCUCUUUGGCAUACACCUAUAGCAGGCAAGGAGAACCGAGGAGCAGCUCCUGAGCUAAUCUUGAAAGCACCACAAGCACAGCAUGGAAAUCAUUUAAAUAAAACCACUCAGACUGAUCGCAAAUAUAAAGGGGGGCAUUAAAAACAUAUGCCAUCUCUUCAGCAAUAAUGCCAUGGAAGAAGAGUUCAAUGGCAUUAAGAUCUGUAGGUAACAUUCUGAGAUUCUGCUCUCUAGAUAAGCAUGCUCCUAAGAGGGUUUAUAGUGCUAUUGUUUCUGCAGUACUGUAGUGUGGUAUUGGACUGCCUGCAGCCCUUGGAAAUGAUAUGGCUUUAUCUCAGCAAGCACAAUAUUUUAAUUUAUUUUAAAUACAUAUUUAUGGCUAUAGCACUAUUGAUUCAAACAGUACACAUACUGGAUUGUGCUACAAAACUCUGCAAUCUAAGGUUAUUGACAACAUAAAUGUGUUUGUACCUUAAAAUAGUAAUUUAUAAAACUAACUGCCUUUUUGUCUAUUGCCAAAGCAGUAAAUGUUUAAAAGUUGUUGUUUUUUUGCCAAACGAUGUCAAUUUUGACAUUAUUUAAUAUCCUUCCUCACGCACAGUACAUUUAUAUAUUCUAUGGUGCACUUAACUACUGUAUGUGGACAGAUGUAACAAUUUCAAUAAAAGUAAAAAAAAGAAAAAAAAA